AUGAGUGAAAGGAGAAGAUCUGCAGUCGCCCUGAGCUCCCGAGCACAUGCCUUCUCCGUUGAAGCCUUGAUCGGCUCAAAUAAAAAGCGGAAGCUGCGAGACUGGGAGGAGAAGGGGCUGGACCUGUCCAUGGAGGCGCUGAGUCCCGCAGGCCCACUCGGAGACACAGACGACCCGGCGACACACGGCCUGGAGCCCCACCCGGAUUCUGAGCAGAGCACUGGGUCCGACUCCGAGGUGCUCACUGAGCGGACCUCCUGUUCCUUCAGCACUCACACUGACCUGGCAUCUGGUGCCACAGGCCCAGUGCCUGCUGCCAUGUCUACCAUGGAGGAGAUUCAGGUGGAGUUACAAUGUGCUGACCUCUGGAAGAGGUUCCAUGAUAUUGGAACGGAGAUGAUCAUCACCAAAGCAGGCAGGAGGAUGUUUCCUGCCAUGAGAGUGAAAAUCACUGGCCUGGAUCCACACCAACAAUACUAUAUAGCAAUGGACAUUGUGCCUGUGGACAAUAAAAGAUACAGAUAUGUGUACCAUAGCUCCAAGUGGAUGGUGGCUGGCAAUGCGGACUCCCCCGUGCCUCCAAGGGUUUAUAUACACCCGGAUUCCCUAGCUUCUGGAGACACCUGGAUGAGACAGGUGGUGAGUUUCGACAAACUCAAGCUGACCAACAAUGAACUGGAUGAUCAAGGACAUAUCAUUCUGCACUCUAUGCAUAAAUACCAGCCUCGAGUCCAUGUGAUCCGCAAAGACUUCAGCAGUGAUCUUUCACCCACCAAACCUGUGCCUGUAGGGGAUGGGGUGAAAACAUUCAACUUUCCUGAGACGGUGUUCACCACGGUCACAGCCUAUCAGAACCAGCAGAUCACCAGAUUAAAAAUUGACCGAAAUCCAUUUGCUAAAGGAUUCAGAGAUUCUGGAAGAAACAGAACUGGACUUGAAGCCAUCAUGGAGACCUAUGCAUUCUGGAGACCUCCUGUGCGCACACUGACUUUUGAGGACUUCACCACCAUGCAAAAGCAGCAAGGAGGCAGUACAGGUACUUCCCCAACCACCUCCAGUACCGGGACACCAUCCCCGUCGGCUUCUUCUCAUCUCUUAUCUCCAUCCUGUUCUCCUCCAACUUUUCAUUUGGCCCCCAAUACUUUCAACGUGGGCUGUCGAGAAAGCCAGUUGUGUAAUCUAAACCUCUCUGAUUAUCCACCAUGUGCCCGCAGCAACAUGGCUGCCUUACAGAGCUAUCCAGGGCUGAGUGACAGUGGUUACAACAGGCUCCAGAGUGGCACAGCUUCAGCCACUCAGCCCUCUGAAACCUUCAUGCCUCAAAGGACUCCAUCUCUGAUCUCAGGAAUACCAACGCCUCCCUCGUUGCCUAGCAACAGCAAGAUGGAAGCCUACAGUGGCCAGUUGGGGUCCUUCCCCACUUCCCAGUUUCAGUAUGUCAUGCAGGCAGGCAAUGCGGCCUCCAGCUCCUCAUCACCGCACAUGUUUGGUGGCAGCCACAUGCAGCAGAGCUCCUACAAUGCCUUCUCCCUUCACAAUCCCUACAAUCUGUAUGGAUACAAUUUCCCCACCUCCCCCAGGCUAGCUGCAAGCCCAGAAAAACUGAGCGCAUCUCAAAGCACUUUACUCUGCUCUUCUCCUUCCAAUGGGGCCUUUGGAGAGAGGCAGUACCUGCCCACAGGGAUGGAGCACAGCAUGCACAUGAUCAGCCCUUCAGCUAAUAAUCAGCAGGCUACCAACACCUGUGAUGGCCGACAGUAUGGGGCAGUUCCAGGCUCCUCCUCCCAGAUGUCAGUACACAUGGUUUAA